ACUUAUUUGUUAUCACCGCCAUUUUUAAUGAACAUAACCAAGAAAUUUUUUUAUCAAUUAUUUAUUGUUAAUUAAUUAUAAUUAGCUAUUAACAAUUCGUGCAAAAACGCCCAUGUGAAAUAGUGUACUGUAAAGUUGGGUCAAAAUGUUCAACGAGUCGAACUACGAUUGGGGGGCCCACAACAGACAAGUGGUGCUCGAGGGGCGUGCAACGUUGGAACGAACGGGUGAAAGCCUAGCAAGAUCGAACCAAAUCGCCAUCGAGACGGAACAAAUCGGAAACGAAGUCGUCUCAGAAUUAAAUGAGCAGCGAGAAACCUUGUUGCGGACCAGGGGGCGGCUUGAAAACGCCAACGAACAGCUGGACACCGCAAAAUCGGUGCUUAAGCAAAUGGGGCGCAACGCCAUUUACAACAAACUCAUCCUCAUCUUGAUUAUAAUCAUAGAAAUCGCCAUACUUGUCUCACUCACUUAUUUGAAAUUUUUCAAGAAAUGAUUUAUUAAAUAAAUACUACAUUCGUUCAGAUACUCUA